AUGGCGACGACCAAGACUCUUGAGGCUCGCUUUGAACACCUAUCUGUUAAAGAUGAGAAGGAGAAUGGAAACAAUGAGCGCACCUAUGGCAAGCAAAAGCCUUCCGUCGCCUCAGCGCAGUCAAAUAGCAAUUCCAACCGGGCCCAACUGCUGAAGCUGGCGCUUCAAAAUACCAAUGAGAACAAGGCCAAUGCCAUGAAUGUUCCUGCCUCUCCAGGCAGGGGCUCCCACGGCGCAUUGGUGACUCGAACCACAGAUGAAAAUGGCGACCAGCGCACGUCGUCUACACUAGGUGAUCAGUCAAGUAUCCCCAAGGAAUUGCAUUUGGGCAUGUUCGAAAUUGGCAAGCCCCUGGGAAAGGGCAAGUUUGGUCGUGUGUAUCUUGCGAAAGAACGGUCCUCUGGCUUCGUCUGCGCGUUGAAAGUGCUGCACAAGUCUGAGUUGCAACAGGGUGGUGUCCAAAAGCAAGUCAGACGCGAGAUUGAGAUCCAAAGUAAUCUUCGACACCCCAACGUCCUGAGGCUCUUCGGUCACUUCCACGAUAGCAAGCGAAUCUUCUUGAUUCUCGAGUUUGCUGGCCGUGGUGAGCUAUAUAAGCACCUUCGGAAGGAGCACCGCUUUCCGGAAUGGAAAGCCGCACAGUAUAUUGCGCAAAUGGCUGCAGCAUUGAAAUAUCUGCACAAGAAGCACGUCAUGCACCGUGAUAUCAAACCCGAGAACAUUCUUGUUGGUAUCCAUGGAGAGAUCAAGAUCAGUGAUUUUGGCUGGAGUGUUCACGCCCCCAACAACCGACGCCAGACGAUGUGUGGAACUCUCGACUACCUGCCCCCAGAGAUGGUCAAUCCCGGCAACCAGGACAAAUUCUACACCGAAAAGGUCGACUUGUGGAGUCUGGGAGUCUUGACGUACGAGUUCCUGGUCGGUGAAGCGCCAUUCGAGGAUGAACCCAUCAUGACCCACCGCCGGAUUGCCAAGGCAGAUAUGUCUGUGCCGUCCUUUGUGAGCCCCGAGGCAAAAGAUCUCAUCAAAAGGCUUCUUGUUCUUGAUCCCGCAAAGCGUAUCCCGCUUGAUGAAAUCCAGCGUCAUCCUUGGAUUGUGAAGCAUUGUGUGAAGGACGACAGAACUGUGAAACGGAGUUCAGGUUCCUCCAAGGAUGGCAAAGCAUGA